GAGGGGACGCCAGGCGGGGGCUGAGCUGGCGCAGCUGCCGUGGUGGCCGCGGCUGAAGUGGUGGCCGCUGUGGUAGUUGCAAGAGCUCCGGGUUUUGGCGGCGGCGCCGGCGGCCUGGGCUGCGCGUUGCGGACCCUGGUGUGCGGUCCGGGUUCCCGGGGCGUCGCGUAAGAUGCUACUGAUGGAGGCGAUUCUGAAAAGCACCUCUGGGCCAGUGGCUUUGCGAGGACGCUCAUACCAGCGACUGUUUGGAGCCCUGGACGACGCCUCCUGAGGAGCGCGGGCUCAGAGGACAUGGCCGCGAGUCUGGAUGAUGACGUGCCCCUCAUCCUGACCUUGGAUGAGGGGGGCGGUGCCCCACUGGCUCCCUCCAAUGGCCUGGGCCCAGAGGAAGUACCAAGCACAAAUGGGGGCAGCCAUGCCAUCCAUGACUCCCACGCCCCCACUCUGGUAUCUGGGGUGGACACAUCCCCCUCCAGCCCCACUGGGCACAACUGGGAGAUGAAUUAUCAAGAGGCAGCCAUCUACCUCCAGGAAGGCGAGAACAACGACAAGUUCUUCACCCACCCCAAGAACGCCAAGGCGCUGGCGGCCUACCUCUUUGCACACAACCACCUCUUCUACCUGAUGGAGCUGCUCACCGCCCUGCUCCUGCUGCUGCUGUCACUGUGCGAGGCCCCCGCCGUCCCCGCGCUCCGGCUCGGCAUUUACGUCCACGCCACGCUGGAGCUGUUCGCCCUCAUGGUGGUGGUGUUUGAACUCUGCAUGAAGCUGCGGUGGCUGGGCCCGCACUCCUUCAUCCGGCACAAGCGGACCAUGGUCAAGACCUCCGUGCUGGUGGUGCAGUUUAUCGAGGCCAUCGUGGUGUUGGUACGGCAGACGUCCCACGUGCGGGUGACCCGUGCCCUGCGCUGCAUUUUCCUGGUGGACUGUCGGUACUGCGGCGGCGUCCGGCGCAACCUGCGGCAGAUCUUCCAGUCCCUGCCGCCCUUCGUGGACAUCCUGCUCCUGCUGCUCUUCUUCAUGCUCAUCUUCGCCAUCCUGGGUUUCUACUUGUUCUCUCCUAAUCCUUCAGACCCAUACUUCAGCACUCUGGAGAAUAGCAUCGUCAGCCUGUUUGUCCUUCUCACCACGGCCAACUUCCCCGACGUCAUGAUGCCCUCCUACUCCCGGAACCCCUGGUCCUGUGUCUUCUUCAUCGUGUACCUCUCCAUCGAGCUCUACUUCAUCAUGAACCUGCUCCUGGCUGUGGUGUUUGACACCUUCAACGACAUUGAGAAGCGCAAGUUCAAGUCUUUGCUGCUGCAUAAGCGAACUGCCAUCCAGCACGCCUACCGCCUGCUCGUCAGCCGGCGGAGGCCUGCCGGCAUCUCGUACAGGCAGUUCGAAGGCCUGAUGCGUUUCUACAGACCCCGGAUGAGUGCCAGGGAGCGUUUCCUCACCUUCAAGGCCCUGAGCCAGAGCAACACCCCGCUGCUCAGCCUCAAAGACUUCUAUGACAUCUACGAAGUUGCUGCCCUGAAGUGGAGGGCAAAGAGAAACAGAGAGCACUGGUUCGAUGAGCUUCCCAGAACAGCCUUCCUCAUCUUCAAAGGAAUUAACAUCCUGGUGAAAUCCCCGGCCUUCCAGCACUUCAUGUACGUGGUGGUGGCGAUGAAUGGGGUGUGGGUCCUGGUGGAGACCUUCAUGCUGAAAGGUGGAAACUUCUUCCCCAAGCACGUGCCCUGGAGUUCCCUGGUCUUCCUUACCAUCUACGGGGUGGAGCUGUUCCUGAAAGUGGCCGGCCUGGGCCCUGUGGAGUACCUGUCCUCCGGAUGGAACCUGUUUGACUUCUCAGUCACGGCUCUCGCCUUCCUGGGGCUGCUGGCCCUGGCGCUCAACAUGGAGCCUUUCUACUUCAUCGUGGUCCUGCGGCCCCUCCAGCUGCUGAGGUUGUUUAAGCUGAAGAAGCGUUACCGAAACGUGCUGGACACCAUGUUUGAGCUGCUGCCACGGAUGGCCAGCCUCGGCCUCACACUGCUCACCUUCUACUACUCCUUCGCCAUCGUGGGCAUGGAAUUCUUCUGCGACCUCCUCUACCCCAACUGCUGCAACACCAGUACAGUGGCGGACGCCUACCGCUGGCUCAACCACACGGUGGGCAACAGGACCGUGGUGGAGGAGGGCUACUACUAUCUCAACAACUUCGACAACAUCCUCAGCAGUUUUGUGACGUUGUUUGAGCUCACGGUGGUCAACAACUGGUACAUCAUCAUGGAAGGUGUCACUUCGCAGACCUCGCACUGGAGCCGCCUCUACUUCAUGACCUUUUACAUCGUGACCAUGGUGGUGAUGACCAUCAUCGUGGCCUUCAUCCUGGAGGCCUUUGUCUUCCGCAUGAACUACAGCCGCAAGAACCAGGACUCGGAAGAUGACGGAGGCAUCACCCUGGAGAGAGAGAUCUCCAAGGAAGAGCUGCUUGCCGUCCUGGAGCUCUACCGCGAGGGUGGGGGGGCCUCCUCCGACAUCUCCCAGCUGCUCGAGACCCUGGCGCAGAUGGAGAAAUACCAGCAAAAUUCCCUGGUGUUUCUGGGACGGAGAUCAAGGACCAAGAGUGACCUGAGCCUGAAGAUGUACCAGGAGGAGAUCCAGGAGUGGUAUGAGGAACACGCCCGUGAGCAGGAGUCGCUCCAGCAGAUCAGCAGCCAGGUCGCAGGCCCUGCCGCCCAGCAGCCCCCCAUCAGCCGCCAGCGCUCCCAGACGGUCACCUAGACACCCCCCCCACUCCAGCCCGCCAAGCCAUCUCUUCUAUGCAAUAACCCAAUAGUGUUACGUUCCGCGGCGCACCGAAGAUGUGUGCCCAUGUGCCCACGCAGGCGCAGACUUACCUAGAAACAGAGCAGGCAGGGCUGCACGCCGCCACCGCCUUGCGGUCCUCUCCCUUGGCUUCCUCCACUCCAGCAGUCGGCCUGGGCCUGGGGGUCCAUGGGGUGGAUCCAGAAGCCCCCUCCUCAAGAAUGGAUGGGACCACCUCUGCCCCCCCUCCCCCUCCCCGUGCCUGGGGCUCAAGUCCCCACGCAUCCCUCAAGUUCCACGGCCCGCAUGGGUGUCUAGCCUGGCCCUCGGGGAAGAACCACUUAGAUGAGAGAAUCCGAGGCCCCAGGGCAGCCCUUUGGGGACAGAGGGGGUAGACACCCGCCAUCAGGUCUCAGCCCGCAGUGCUGGGCUGCAGCUACUGGCGUGCCAGUCUGCGUCCUGCCUCCCGCUGCCCCCCAGGCCCUGGUGGCUGCCAAGUCCCCGGCCUGGGCCUCUGCGGAGGAAGCAGGCCGGAGGCCCAGGCCCAGCGGCUUCUGCAAUGCGUUUCUCCACCAUGUUUCUCUCCACUACGGCUUAACCUGUUCCAGCAGAGGGGUGUCUGGGGGACCCAGGUCCUGGGGAAGUGCGUGUUUGGUGCCAGCCUGGUGCUCAUGGCACCCAGGAUGGCCGCUCUUCCUGGAUUUGGGGCUCAGGGGCCCAGCACACCCAGGGUCGGGGGUGGGGGUCUGUGCAAGAGAGGUCCAGGGAGGGUCUCAGCCACCUUCCCCAGCACCCCAGCAGUGCUGUGGUAGAGACGGUCCCCGGCUGCAGAGCAGGCUGCGGGUGGCAGCCAAAGGGGGUGUGGGUGGGGGUCAGAGCCAUGGCAUCUUCAGCCUUGCUGUCCUGAUCACAGAUCUGGGGAUGUGCUGGGGUGGGGAGCUGGAGGGCACCCCAGCCAGCCUGGCUUUCCCCCUGGUUCCUGGGGCUGGCAGGCGGGGUGAGGGGGAGCCAGGGACAGCUGUAGAGGAGCGGGCAGAGCUGAUCCAUGGACCUGAGCCGUCCUCCACCCCAGGCCACACUGGCACAGACCCCCAGGGGGGUAGAGGGAGGAGACUCAUCUCUGUAAAGCCUAGCCUUUGUCAUUGAGAAGCACUAGUCCUCCAGGACUGGCAGGGGCGACGCUGCCCCAUCACAGGAGCGUGGCCGGAGCCCGGGCCACAGCCUUCUCUGCAGAGAAGGAACAGUUUGCACAACCAGGUGCCUUUAGCCUUUGGGCAUUGGAAUGGGCAUUGUGGAAGCAGGAGGAGGGGCAGCCGGUAACCCAGGGCUCGGGGCCUUGGACUGAGCAUUCUGUGGCCCCAAGGGAAGGCAGGGCUGGGGCAGGAGGGUGCUGACCGGCCCACGCUUUCCCCAGAGCUGGGAGCAGGGUCCCCCAGGAAGUUAAGUGCGGAGGGCUCAGGACGGGACCUAGCUCAGGCCUCUGGCUCCACUGCGGCUCAGCGGCCCCCGGGGAAGACCACUGACGGCCCCACGCCACGGCCUGGGGCGGGGGGGCAUAGAUGCUCUGAGGGUCACCGCCAGGGCCCCCCCUUCCUCCUCGCUUCCCCUCCCCCACCCCAGCCUUACUCCACACAGGCAGACAAUCAUUUUGUACGGCUCAGAUCACGGGAGCAGCGCCACGAGGUUUUGUACAUUGUGAUUUCUUACUCUAGAAACCCACUGGGUCCGAUUUCUGGCGUAUUAAUAAAAGCGCUCUGCUUUGUA